AUGACUCAAGUUGAAGAAAACCGCAAAAGACUUAGACCGAUUAUUGAAUGUAUAUUAUUAUGUGGCAGAGAAGAAUUAGCAUUACGCGGUCAUAAAGAUUUAGGUAGCAUUUCAGUUGACGAAGAUGCUUUGAGACAAGGAAAUUUUCGGGCCAUACUUAAAUAUAGAGCAAAAGGUGAUGAUUUUUUACGAAGUAUUUUUGAGGGUCCAGGGAAAAGAAAUAAGUACACCAGUCCUACUAUUCAAAAUGAUACAAUAGAGUCCUGUAAUACAAUACUAUUGAGAAAAAUUGCAAAAAAAGUGAACGAGUCUAAAUGUUUCUCGGUACUUGCCGAUGAAACCACAGAUAUUUCAACAAAAGAACAGCUUGCUAUUUGUGUAAGAUAUGUCAGUUUAAGCAAAUGUGGGAUUGAUUGUAGUUAUUUGCAUGGACAGGGCUAUGAUGGGGCCAGUAAUAUGUCUGGGCAAUUUAGAGGUGUACAAAGUAUUGUUAGGUUAAAAUAUCCAAAAGCAGUUUAUGUCCAUUGUUCAGCACAUUCACUGAACUUAGCGGUAUCAACAGCUAGUGGUAUUAGACCAAUUAGGAAUUGUUUAGGAAUAAUUGAAAAGGCCUAUCAGUUUUUCAAUACUCCAAAAAGAAAGUCUAUUCUUCUACGUGAGAUUAAAAAUUCAGACCACGAGCCCAGUGUAAAACAAUUAAAACGACUAUGUGCUACCCGUUGGGUACAACGGUAUGAUGCAGUGAACGAUUGCUCUGAGCUCUAUCCAUUCGUUCUUAAAGCAUUAGACACAAUAUCUGAUUGGAAAGAUCCAGCAGAUGUCUCUAUGCUUAAACAUUAUAUGGAAGAUACCGAAUUCUUAAUUUCGUUUUAUAUAGUUAAGUUACAAAAAGUACAAAUUGAUUUAAAAAAAACUAUAACUAUAGUUGAAAAUGUAGUAAUCACUCUGAAGACCAUUAGAGACAAUUACAAAACCGAAUUUAGUCAAAUCUAUAUAAAUGUCAAAAUGGCUGCAGACAAUGUUGGUAUUGAAUUAAAAAAAAAGAGAGUCAUUUCAAAACAAACUUUGAAAGAUAAUCCAAAUCUUCUGGAUUGUUCCAUUGAACAUUAUUAUUGUGUUACAGUAUUUUUACCGUAUGUCGAUUACUAUUUAAUGCAAUUGACUGAGCGAUUUAUUAAUCAUAAAGCUAUAUUUGAAGGUUUUAAUUGCAUUUUCCAAUCAAAAUCACUUAUGGUAGAAAUGGAAGAUAUUGUUGCUUUUCAAAAGCUUGUUGAGUUUUAUUCAUCUACAAUUGACCAACACUCUAGCAUUGCUGAAUUAAAGAUGUGAAGAGUAAAGUUAGUGAAUGAAAAAAUUGUAUUCACCUCUGGGUUACAUGCUUUAGAUGUUUGUGAUAAAGAGUUUUAUCCAAAUAUUCAUGAACUCUUGAAAAUUUUUUGUACAUU